UCCCGUCCGCGUGGAAGAAACGGUGAUGGUGGCAACCAGCCGCGGUGAAGCUCGGCAGGAGGGAGCAUCAGAUGACUCGGACGUCAGCGGCGACGAGCGGGACAGCGGGGCCAGGUCGGAGACGGGCGACGACGAGCACAUCAACGGGGAGACGACGGGCCGGGAACCUCUUCUCUGGCCAGCGGUCAGGGAAGUCGAGGGCAAGAAGGAGUACAAGCACGUGCGCGUCUACGGCGAUGGCGAGACGUCAAAGCGCGUGGCAGACGACUGCACGCGUGUUCCGUUCGACCCGCGCGACUUGGCGGCACCCGACUCCAAGGGUGACUACUGCUUGCUCCCUGACGACGAGGUCAUGAAGUUCUAUCGACCGAAGAAGGUGAAACGCGAAGCGCUUUUCUGGCCAGCAGUGCGGACGGUUGACGACGAGGAUCAGUACAAGCACGUGCGCAUCCACGACCCCGCGAAUGCUCUCGGGAGGGAUUGCGUGCGUGUGCAACGGCUCAAGGAAUGCCCGUGCGACCAGCGAAAGCUCUGGGGCAAGUGCUCGUGCUACGUUCGAUGUGAGUGCUACAACUGCAUGCGCAAGCCGGGCGUCGACUCCACGCAGCUGCCCUUCGAUCAACGCGACCUCAUCGCCACCGAUGGAAAGGGGGAUUACCGCCUGCUGCCUGAUCACGAAGUGUUGUCGCUGUUGUUCCACGACGAGACCACCGCGAAGGAGAACGACGAUGGGGACCACCAAUGGCUCUCAGCGGACAAGGGGGCCGCCAUGAAAGUCAAGGGGGAGGGCCGCGCCGCGCACAUCUCGGAUGUGAUCGGCGUCGACCUUGGGCAGCUACAGAUCAGCGAGGAGGUGUGGGGCAUGAUGCAGGAGGACAAGGAUGCCGGUACGGAGCGAUCUGGGAAGUACUUCGGCAGGACGGAGGGUGAGGGGGAAGAUAGCCACAAGGUGAAGGAGAUUCAAGAUGCGGUGAAAGUGCUGAAGAAGGCUGCUGCAGACUGCGAGGUGCUCAAGACAGCGAACGACCCACGGACGGCUGCUGUCAUCAUGACUGUUGGGAAGCAGCAUGAUGGCUACUGGACGAGCGACCGCAUGUGCGCCCAACUACCGGCGGCUAUCGCUAUGUUCGAGCUGUCGAACGGGCCGCACCGCCAGGGUGUCUUCAUCUUCGACAAUUCCACUGGGCACAACGCCUACGACGACGACGCGUUGCUGGCCCACAAGAUCAGCUUGGCGCCGGGUGGGGAGAAGGCCGCGCUCAGGGUGUUCGAGGAUGACAACGGGAAAACGGUACACCCUACAUUUCAGGUUGGUGACACCCUGCUCACCGACAAGAAGAUAUUCUUACCGAAGACAGAGGCGCAGAAGAAGAUGAAGGGGCGCAAAUUUGGAACGGGGAUUGACAAAAAGAAGUACCCCGUCGGAACCAGAGUCACGUCUGGAUCGCCGCUGCUCGGGCUCAACAAAGGAGGUGAGCAGAUGCUCAAGGAGAUGGGGUUGUGGCGGCUUGACGGCGAGAGGGCGAAGGGGCUCGUCAAGUGCUGCAACAAGUGCAAGGCCGACAACGCGGCCUCACGGCAAGCGAUCGCAGCAUUCAACAAAGGCGGCGAGCAGCGUGAGAGGGUUCUAGAGCAAGCGCGGCGGGAGCAGCAGAGUUCUCCUGCCGAAGGCCCCGCGGCAGAGGGAAGGGCGGCCGCAAGGAGGCAGCGAUGCUGCAUGGAAAGGGUCUUCUCCGACCUGGGGGCUUUCAAGGCCCAGCUCAACAAAGUCCAGCAGAUCUUCAAGGACGCCGGUCACGUGUGCAUCUUCCUUCCCAAGUACCACCCUGAGCUCAAUGCCAUUGAGCGGUACUGGGGAUACGUCAAGCACGUCCUUCGGCUUCACUGCGAGUACUCCCUCACCCACAUGCUCAAGAUUCUGCCGAGGGCGUUGAGUGGGGUGCCUUUGGAACACAUCCGCGCGUGGAGCAGGGUGGUGUGGCUAUACAUUGAAGCGUACGACGACGGGAUGGUGGGCUACCUCAAGAACCGCGAACUCAAGGAGUGGCACACGCACCGAGAAGCCACCCGAAGGGGGGAUGCGGUUUUGGAGGCAGCGGGGCGAGGAAAAACACAAGCGGAAAAGGACGCCGCGGCGGCGAAGGCGUUGGCGGCUUCGCAGGAAUGCCGAACCUUCUCCACGAGGAGGGCCAAAAGGGCAUUCAAAGCGUGGAAGAACAAGCAGAGGGAGGAAGAGAAGGAGGGGGGAGAGGAGAAGGAGGCCGAGAACACUGCGUCGUGAUGUGUGUGUCUCUGUAUGCAUUAUUGGGUGUUUUUUACGUUGAAGUAUUGUUUAUUCAACAGUUAUGCGUUGUGUCUUCAAAGUGCGAACGUGAGGUGUCCAUGGUGUAUCAAGCAGGCAGUAAGAGAGGGGGGG